GGGGGGGUAGAGGGAGCAGGCAUCUGACUAGGCUACAAGAAAGACGGAGAUUAAAAGAACAAAUACUAUACUUCCAAGAUGGUUUAUAGGGAGUGAUCAAAAUUGAGAAAUAGAGAAGUUGUAAACAGGACAUUCUGAAGAGAAGAAACGAGGUGCCAGGUCAGUACUAUAAGGUAAGAGAAAAUAUGAGCCACUAUAUCUCCCAGAAGCCAGGAAGGCUUCCUGGAUGUAGAGGAUUUGGAAGGAAAGAGUCAUCAGAAUUUCCUGCGGUGAACCACCUGUUCCCUUCUCUCAGCUCCAAGAUGAAGCACACAGUUUGGGCCUGGACAAUCAAAGCCCUAGAUCCACCAACACUUGUGAUUUUUUCGGGAAGGAGGAGGGAACUAAUCAGGUGACUCCUGAGUCUGAGCUUGAACCUGGGAAGAUUAAGGCCUGAAUCUGUUACCUCACAGAAUGACAGUAAACCAACAUGAAGGAGAGCAGAAGUGAGAAGUGGAGAGAGGCCCAGCCCUCAUGACACUACAUGAGUCCCGAGUUAAGCGUUGUCUGAAGGCUUAUUUAUAAGAAUCAGUAAAUUCCCUUUUCUGAGUAAGCCAGCUUGAGUUGGAUUUCCAGUCCCUGGCAAUUAGGAGUCCUGAUGAUGAAGAGGAAGGAAGAGCUUACACAGUAUGAACAAAGACCAGAAAGUUGGAAACCAAGAGCCAGGAAGUAGGGGACACCCACUUCCAGUUUCCCCCUCUGGGAACUGCCACCUCUUCUACCAUCCCCACGGCCAAAAAGGACAACUCCCAUGUACCUAGGUUUGUGCAAAGGACUCUGCUCCUCUGGCCAUAACUGAGGCCAUCACAGUUCUUUCCCCCGCAAAGGAGAAUUGGGAUUAAGAGUUCAGUGUCAGUCGAAGUUGGUCUCCUGAAGAAGGAAAGAGGUGAAACCUUGGGAGCCGUGGGGUGGCUGUGUUUUCUGCCACAGCUGUGGAGAAAGGAGAGCAAGGCAACGUCAUCAACCACUUUUAUAGAUGAGGCAAACUGAGGGUCUGAGAUGUUAUGUGGCUUACCUAAGAUUGCACGUUUGGUACCAUUGGACAGAACUUGAACCCAGUUUUUCAGCAUUCAAGCUUUGGGCAGGAAAUAGCUGCAUCAGAGCGGCCUGAGAACCCUGGUCACGCAGGAGUCUUGGGAUAGAAAGCAAGGCAUGAUCAAAGCCUGGCCAGGCAUCCCAGAAAAAAGAAAGGCCAAAGGCAUCUUCCUACACUCAAAACACCAACGAAAUUCUGGUGCUUAAAGCGUCCCUUGUUCUGCUCAGAGCGCUGCCCUAAAGCCAGGACGCAGAGAGCACUUGCCGAGAAUUUCUAGCAACCAAUGCCUGCAGCACCUGGGCAGCCAGGAACCCCCAGAAACCACAGCUUCCAUUCUGCGCCGCGACAGCGCUGACUAAGCCCGGAAUAAACUACAAGCCCCAGAAUGCCUUGGGCGAGAGGCGCAAGCACGGAGGAGCGGAGGGAUGUAGUAGUCACGUCGUCUGCGCGGGACCGUUAAAUUUGAAAGUCGGCGGCUAGGCGUGAGGGCGUGAUGUAGCCAGUUUGUGAAGGAGUUGGGUACCUGCUUUGCCGGGAAGCACCCUCUGGUCUGUUCGGUGCCUCUAAGGAUAGGUUGCAGGAGGAAGCCCAGAGGAUCUGUGGCCUUGAGCCAGGAACGCAGGAUGGCGGCGAUGAAGAAAGGGGGUGCUCUAAGGUAAGUACGAGAGAAUGGCUGUUGGGAGCUGGGCCUGCAGACUCGAGGGUGCCCGGCGGGUGAGAGAGGAAGCAGUCAAAGAAGAGAGGACCGACACGGUCAGAAAAAGAGCAGGCCCCGCUAGAGCCUCCUUCGGCACGGUGUCGGCACGGAGGGGCUGGAGGCGAAGACGCUCGGUGAGCCCUGAUCUUAACGGGGUACGUGAGAAUCCUGCCGCAUCCGGCUUCAAAGCAAAGGAGGCUGGUGGACCCCCGUGGCGCCAAGUGCUUGGAAUUUGUAUUGUGUGAAGCCAUGUCCUUGGAGGGAGAUGAAUGGGAGCUGAGUAAAGAGAAUGUACAGCCCUUAAGGCAGGGGCGGAUCAUGUCCACACUUCAGGGAGCAUUGGCACAGCAAGAAUCUGCCUGUAACACUGCUCUUCAGCAGCAGAAACGGGCAUUUGAAUCUGAAAUUCGAUUUUACACUGGAAAUGACCCUCUGGAUGUUUGGGAUAGGUAUAUAAACUGGACAGAGCAGAACUAUCCUCAGGGGGGGAAAGAGAGUAACAUGUCAACAUUAUUAGAAAGAGCUGUAGAAGCACUACAAGGACAAAAACGGUAUUAUAGUGAUCCUCGAUUUCUCAAUCUCUGGCUUAAAUUGGGGCAUUUAUGCAAUGAGCCUUUGGAUAUGUACAGUUAUUUACACAACCAAGGGAUUGGCGUUUCACUUGCUCAGUUCUAUAUCUCAUGGGCUGAAGAAUAUGAAGCUAGAGAAAACUUUAAGAAAGCAGAUAUGAUAUUUCAGGAAGGGCUUCAACGGAAGGCUGAACCACUGGAAAAACUGCAGUCCCAGCACCGACAAUUCCAAGCUCGAGUAUCUCGACAAGCUCUGUUGGCACUUGAGAAAGAUGAGGAGGAAGAAGCUUCUGGCUCUUCUGUGCCACAGCGAAGCACACUCGCUGAUCUAAAAAGCAAAGGGAAAAAGACAGCAAGAGCUCCCAUCAGCCGUGUAGGAGGUGCUCUCAGGGCUUCAAACCAGAACAGAGGACUCCAAAAUCCAGUUCCUCAACAGAUGCUAAGUAAUUCUAGAAUUACUGUUUUUGAUGAAAAUGCUGAUACGGCCUCGAGAGCAGAGCUGUCUAAGCCCGCGAUCCAGCCAUGGAUAGCACCCCCCGUGCCCAGGGCCAAGGAGAAUGAGCUGCAAGCAGGCCCCUGGAACACAGGCAGGCCCUUGGAAUACAGGCCUCAUGGCAGUACAGCUUCUAUGGCAGCGGUACCCUCUGUGCUUCCCAGUUUUACGCCGUAUGUGGAAGAGACUGCACAGCAGCCAGUUAUGACACCAUGUAAAAUUGAACCUAGUAUAAACCACAUUCUAAGCACCAGAAAGCCUAGAAAGGAAGAAGAGGACCCCUUACGUAGGGUUCAGAGCCAUCAGCAAGAGUCUGAGGAGAGGAGAGAGAAGAUGAUGUACUGUAAAGAGAAGAUUUAUGCAGGAGUGGGAGAGUUCUCUUUUGAAGAAAUCCGGGCUGAGGUUUUCCGGAAGAAAUUAAAAGAGCGAAGGGAAGCGGAGCUACUGACCAAUGCAAAGAAGAGAGCAGAAAUGCAGAAACAGAUUGAAGAGAUGGAGAAAAAGCUAAAAGAAAUCCAAACUACUCAACAAGAAAGAGUGAGCGAUCAGCAAGAAGAGAGUUGGCCUGCAAAGGAGACCGCUGAACUUGGAAUUGCUUCUGAGUCUCAGGAAGUACCAGGCAUGGUUCUAUCCAGUUCUCUUUGUCCAGUGAACUCUUGUGCCAGGGAAACUUCACUUGCAGAAAACGUUUGUCAGGAACAGCCACACUCUAAAGGGCCCAGUCUACCGUUCUCCAUAUUUGACGAGUGUCUUCCUUCAGAAAAAAAGAAUAUCAGUCCUCCUGCAGAUCCACUUGGGGCUUUAGCCCAGCGAAGACCCCUUACAAUUCUCAAAACUUCAGAAAGCAUCACCUCAAAUGAGGAUGUGUCUCCAGAUGUUUGUGAUGAAUUUACAGGAAUUGAGCCCUUGAGCGAGGAUGCCAUUAUCACUGGUUUCAGGAAUGUAACUAUUUGUCCCAACCCAGAAGACACUUGUGACUUUGCUAGAGCAGCUCGUUUUGUAUCUACUCCUUUUCAUGAGAUAAUAUCCUUGAAGAAUCUCCCUUCUGGUCCUGAGAGACUCUUGCAGGAAGAGGACCUAGAUGUAAAAACCUCUGAGGACCAGCAGACUAUUUGUGGUGCUGUCUACAAUCAAACGCUCAGCAUCAAGAAGCUGAGCCCCAUUAUUGAAGACAGUCACGAAGCCACACACUCCUCUGGGUUCUCUGGAUCUUCUGCCUCAGUUACAAGCACUUCCUCCUCCAUCAAAAGUCUUCAAAUUCCUGAGAAGCUGGAGCUUACUAAUGAAACCACAGAAAACCCUACCCAGUCACCUUGGUGUUCACAGCAUCGCAAACAACUACUGAAAUCCCUGCCAGAGUUAAGUGCUUCUGCAGAGCUUUUUGUAGAAGACAGACCAAUGCCUACGCUGGAAGUAGAGAGGGAAAUAGAAUUAGGUAAUGAGGAUUAUUACAUUAAACAAGAAUACCUAACAUGUGAAGAUUACAAAGUAUUCUGGGUGGCACCAAGAAACUCUGCAGAAUUAACCAUAAUAAAGGUAUCUUCUCAACCUGUCCCAUGGGACUUUUACAUCAACCUCAAGUUAAAGGAACGUUUAAAUGAGGAGUGUGAUCAUUUGUGCAGCUGUUAUCAAUACCAAGAUGGCUGUAUUGUUUGGCACCAGUAUAUAAACUGCUUCACCCUUCAGGAUCUUCUCCAGCACAGUGAACUGAUUACCCAUGAAAUAACAGUGUUGAUUAUUUAUGACCUUUUGACAAUAGUGGCAAAGCUACACAAGGCAGAAAUAGUCCAUGGUGACUUGAGUCCAAGGAGUCUGAUUCUUAGGAACAGGAUCCAUGAUCCCUAUGAUUUUAAUAAGGAGAAUCAAGCUUUGAAGAUAGUGGACUUUUCCUACAGUGUGGACCUUAGGGCGCAGGAGGACGUUUUUACCCUCAGCGGCUUUCGGACUGUACAGAUCCUGGAAGGACAAAAGAUCCUGGCUAACUGUUCUUCUCCCUACCAGGUAGACCUGUUUGGUCUAGCAGAUUUAGCACAUUUACUGUUGUUCAAGGACCACCUACAGGUCUUCUGGGAUGGGUCCCUGUGGAAACUUAGCCAGAGUGUUUCUGAGCUAAAAGAUGGUGAAUUGUGGAAUAAAUUCUUUGUGCGGAUUCUGAAUGCCAGUGAUGAGUCCACAGUGUCUGUUCUAAGGGAACUUGCAGCAGAAAUGAAUGGGGUGUUUGACACCACAUUUCAGAGUCACCUGAACAAAGCCCUGUGGAAGGUAGGGAAGUUAAUCAGUCCUGGAGCUCAGUUCUUCCAGCAAGAUAGGCCGGCAAGUCUUUCCCAGGUUCCUGCCUAAAGUGCAUGGCUGUGUCAUGGAACACCAAAUGUCUGUAUGCUGUCAUUUAAUAUAGGACACAUUUAGAUACACUGCCAACACUUUUCUACUUUUUGGUAUAGGUAUGUUUCUAAGUAACUGGCUUUUUUUUUUUUUUUUACAUAGCAGCAUACCUACUCUUGGCCAGGUCUAACUUUGUAGCAAAUAACUGUUUUAUUUUAAUGGACUCCACCUGAAUGAGUACCUUUUCAUUUAACACAUUUGACUCCAUUUGUCUCUGUACUUUUUCCUCUUGUAACUUGUGAUAUAAACCCAUGUGAUCACCAUGUAUUUUGUAAAUAAUA